AUGACGUCAAAACACGAAGAAGAGGAUGUCAGCACAACGGUUAAGCUACACUUGACACGAGAUGAGCCCAAUGUCAAUUACUUGCACCAACCAGUUCCCAAAAAACCUUCACAACUACAAGAAAGUGAUUUAGUCAAUAACAAAGACUCGAAGUCAAAGUCUAUGCACCACCACAACAACAGUCACCAUUCACUGGCAUCUACCUCCAGUAAGAAACUCCCAUCUUUAGUGGUUAAACAGGAUCCAAAUUUGAAAUCAUGCUUAUCUCAAACAUCAUCCAAGGCUGAUCAAUCAUUGCCACCUCCUCCACAAAUUCCAACCACACAACAACUGGACACUACACCUAAUCAAAAUCAACAUCCCCAGUUUGUUUCAACUGACGACAUUAGUCCUAACCAGCAUGGACUAGCACCAGGCUCGCAAAUUGAAGAAUACACACCGAUUGGAUUCAACUCUACUCCACUCAUUUCAUCUCAAGGCAGUGUAACAUCUAGUUUGGUUUCACCACCGCCUUCAACAAAGCCAGCUAUGUCGCCACCAAUAUUCUCAUCACAGUAUAGUAGCCUGCAGUUGCUGCAACAACAGCAACAACAACAACAACAACAAACACAGCAACAGCAUCAUCUCCAUCCACCACCACCACCACCAUCAGCAGCAGCCACAUCAGCAACAACACAGCAACAACCCCAGCCUGGAGUGUCGCGAAUGAAUUCACUAACGUACUCUCUGAUUGACGAUAAAAAAUUUAUCGAAUCCACACGACAAUCAGCCAAUACAUCUGUAACGGAACUUAAACUGCAUGAUGAGGAUGCAAUUACUUCGUCUGAUGACAGCAAAUUGCAUUUGCUAAUAGGUAUCACUGGGUGCAUUUCGAUCCACAAGAAUAUCAUUCUUAUAAUUGAAAAACUAUUUGAAUUAUACACUCAUGAAAAGCUUGAGAUUCAGGUACUUUUAACCAAAUCAGCAGAGUACAUUUUACUGGAAAAGUUACACAAAUUUGAAGAAUUGGGGGUGAAGGUGUGGUUUAGUGAUGAUGGUGAAAAGUAUUUUCUUACAUCUCCGUUUCAAAAAGUUUACUCCAAGGCUGUUGCUCUGGGACAAUUGCCAUUGAGGAAGCAAGUGGGAUCACAUGUUUUCCAACAGUAUAAUUUAUCGUAUGACUUGCAAAGAUGGACCGAUGUUUUGUUGUUGGCGCCAUUGAGUGCAAAUACCAUGGCCAAAUUGAUUAAUGGUUUGGCUGAUAACUUGUUGACCGAAUUGUUGCAUGUAUGGCCCAUGCCACAAAUUCACCACAUAUCAGAACAACUGCGACUUUCGUCACCGCCACCAACAACCGCAACAACUAACCCCACCCCCACCACCUCAGCCACCUCCGCCACCUCCGCCACUGCUACCGCUGCCACCACGCAGCAAGAAUUGAAAAAGGACACAACUAUCAUGUCAAACAACUUGAUUGCUCCCAAACCCAUAGUUGCUGCAUUGGCAUUGACAAAUUCAAUGUAUUCACAUCCUAUAACUAAAAGACAGUUGAGUUUGUUACAAGAGACUUACCCAAAUAUGACUAUUUUGAAACCAGUUGAAAAAUGUGUUGAUAUGGAUGGUAAUAUUGCGAUGGGUGGCAUGAGAUCAUGGCGAGAAGUUGUUGAUUUCGUAUCGAAAAAGUUGGGUCCACCACCUCAAGAGGAUGAAGAUGACAAAGAUGAAGACGGGGGAGAAGAUGAUGUGAAUGAUGAUAAUGAUGAUGAUGAAGGCGAAAACGAGGAUGAAGACGAGGAUGAAGAUGACGACGAAGAUGACGACGAAGAUGACGACGAAGAUGACGACGAAGAUGACGAUGAAGAUCGCAAGAAAAAAGUCAAUCUGGUCAAUCCAGUUAAAGCCAUACCAAAUCCUAAACCAAUCCAGUUAAAGUCUCUCCCCAAGACUCUGUCUUCAGAUGCCCCACCUACAUUGGUAAAAGUAGUUACAGCUCCAUCGCAAUCAAGAUCAAGUGAAAAUGUGACUACAAGUGACAACAAAUCAAGUGAGAGGAAAAGAGGCAACACCAUCACGCGAAGAGAGUUGGCUGAGCAUGAAAGAUUGGCGUCACAGAAUGCCUUGUUGAAUACAGGUAUUGGUAAAGUGGGGUUGUCAUAG